GUUUACCGCUCGGGGGGCGUGGUUUGCGUCAUGACGCAGGCAGACGCGCGGCUACGUAUGGACGUGCUGGCCGGCCGCGCUGGAGAAGGAGAAGAUGGCGGGAGGCGGGAAAAGGAAACAGAAGUCAGCGCCGCAGGUGAACGGGCAGGUGAAGCGAGCUCAUGUUGAGGAGGCGGAGUCUAAGGCAGGGUCGGAGGCGGGGUCAGGCGUCCCCCUGCGUCUGAGGGAGGAAGUGGAGAGACUGUAUAAGCUCCGCAUGCCUGAAGAUUUCUACCAGUUCUGGGAUUUCUGCACUCGGCUCAGUCCCGACCAUCCGCAAGACGCUCUCCAGGACAUUCUGGGUCUGCGGCUGGUGGGUCCAUUCGACAUCCUGUCUGAGAAGCACAAGCGCCUCCAGUCAUCUCAGCUGAACUUCCACCUGCACUGGAGACACUUCUACGACCCUCCGGAGCUGCAGACCGUCCUGCAGGGCAGCGCAGACACACAGCACCACAUGGGCUACUACAGAGACUGUCCUGACGCUCUGCCGGUGUUUGUUGGAGAGAACGAAGCCAGAAAAGACUGCACCAUCAACCAGCUCGGGGACAACCUCUUCAGCGCCGUGCUGUUAUUUCUAGCCCGUAAGAAGCGAGAGCGCGGUGGACGGAGAGAUGACGAAGCUGUGCAGCGAUUGGAGGCGGAGCUAAAGAAGGAGGCGGAGCGUCUGGGGCUGCUGCUGGAGCAGAAAACCAAAGCCAUGAAACAGAGAGACAGGAAGGUGGUCACUAAAACGUUCCAUGGAGCGGGCAUCGUAGUGCCGGUGGACAAAAACGAUGUGGGGUACCGGGAGCUGCCUGAGAGCGACGCUGAUCUGAAGAAGAUCUGCCGAGCCAUCGCUGAAGCUGAGGAUGACGAUUCCAGGAUGAAGGCUUUUGCCCCAAUUCAGGAGAUGAUGACGUUUGUGCAGUUCGCUAACGAUGAGUGUGAUUACGGAAUGGGCUACGAACUCGGCGUUGACCUCUUCUGCUACGGAUCGCAUUAUUUCCAUAAGGUGAUUGGUCAGUUGCUGCCGAUGGCCUACAGUCUGCUGAAGCGCGGUGUGUUUGGAGAGAUCCUGCAGGCUCACCUCGCCAGCCGUUCCCGUGACAACCUGGACCAAUUGGCUGGCGUCUGAGUGGGCGUGAUUUACAGUAAAUAUCUGUGGGCGGGGCCUCAUUGGACUGACAGCAGCAGCAGUGUUCAGGCUCAUAUUACAGCUGGAGAGGCUAAUGCAGCACUGAGAGGCUUUAAUGGACAUUUAAACACAAACACCACUCAGUUACCCAACCAAUCAAAGACAGACGUCCACACUGACUCAGCAGUGUUCUCUCACUGUUCUGGAUUGGGCUCUGGAUGGCUGAAAGCAGACCGGACCUGUUAGUGUUGGCAUCAGCUAAAAGAGUUGGUGAACCCAAUCAGAAUCAAAACUGUUGUUUAGACCUGAAGCAAUGGCUCCAGAUAUUUAUCCAGAUCCUGACUCCAGAUAUUAACCAUAUUUCAGAUGUUUAUCCCUAUCUACACUCCAGCUCCACAGUCCAGAUGUUUUUUACACAGCAGUUAGUAAUCCAGGUCCAGACGUUGGUGUUAAUCCAGAUCUAGAUAAGUGUUUAUCAGAUAUUGUACACCACUCUUGGACUCCAGAUAAUAAACUAGAUCAACACCAGGAUUAAUAUGCUUAACCAGAUUGUGUAUCCAGAUUGCUUUCUAGAACCAUCAUCCAGUCAUUAACAUGCAUUCAGACUGUAAAUAUUAAUCCAGAUCCAGAUAUUGUAUAUUAACUCGUAUCAGUCCAGAUCCACACUUAAAAUACUUGACAAAGCACAAUCCAGAUUUUUUUUCUAGAGCCACAGCCUAUACGUCAAUGCAGAGCCAGGCUCAAGUUUUUGUUUUUUUUUCCCCCAGUGUCCACACUCUAGAUAUUAAUCCGCAUUCAGACUCUGGUUUAUCUAGAACCAUGCAUAUUUUGAGGGCAUUGGCGAGGUUCCGCUAGGCUUGAGCUGCAAACCAUUUGUGGACUCUGGUUGUUUAUACCAGAUCUGGCAUCUAGAUUUCUUUCUAGACCCACACUCUGGUCAUUAAUGCAUAUUCAUUAAUAUAUUCAUAUUAAUACAGAUACCGUAGAUUCAUUGAAAUAUUAAUCCAGAAUCCAGAUAUAAAACCACUUUUGGACAAAAAGUUAAAAAAUUAAUCUAGACAUGAAUCCAGAUGCAGGUACUGUAUGUUCAUUCAGAUGUGAAUCCAGAUCCAAGUGCUUAACACAGAGUCCAGAUUUCUUUCUAAAGCUGCAUUUGGGUGGCCAUGCCUGAUGUAGAACCCAGCAGGACCUCAGUGUAAGGGUUCUGCAAGGUUGUUAUUGCUCUUCUUUGUUUAGUCUGAAGCUCUGCAGUGCUGUGGAUCCAUUUUCGGCGCGGUCCAGUCCUCCGCUGACGACCGUGUGGUUCUUCACCUGGAGAGCCGCGCCCACAGCCGAGACUCAUGAGUUUUCUGUUCCGUUUCCGGUACCCGGCGGUACGUGGUGUUCGUUUUGUUGUUCAGAAGUAAAUCUUUAAUAAAAACGUAUAUUUUUAAAUGCCA